AAUUCUCUAUGAAAGUUUCGAAUCUGAAAACGUUUAGAUAUUUGAAACAAUUAGAAUUAUCUUAAGCAUCAUUAAUUUUAAAUUGUGCUACAUGCUAUGUAUAAAAAUUCUGAUUGGCGAUUAUACUUUUUUUGAUUUACUAUUAAUACAACAUAAUAUAGUAAUGAUGAUUUAGAUAACUUAUAAUUAAAGAGUCUACUUAAGAGUUUAUAUGAGAUAAAUAUUUUUUUAAUCCAUAAUAUGAGGUACCAUAGUAUUAUAGAUUCAAUAAAAACAAUUUCCAAAAAUUAUUAUACCCUUAGUGAACAAAAUUAUGCUAAACAAAUAAGAAAUGCAACUGUGGUGUGUACAAAUCACUUGACUCCUGAAAUAAAAUUGCAUUUAAUUACUGAAAAAUGCCAGCUGUGGCAUUCACCCGCAAGUGAAUGUCAGUUUGACGACCCAUUCUGGGCAUUUUAUUGGCCUGGUGGCCAAGCUAUUUCCAGGUUUAUACUAGAUAACAGCAAGUAUGUGUAUAACAAAACAAUUUUGGAUAUUGGUAGUGGUAGUGCUGCAUGCAGUCUUGCAUCAGCUUUAGCAGGUGCCAAUAAAGUUACAGCUAAUGACAUAGAUCCUGUUGCAUGUGUAGCAGCUAAGCUAAAUGCUCAGUUAAACAACAUCAACAUUGAUGUCUUGUCCAAAAAUAUUUUGUUCAAUGAUUGUUCACAAUGGGAAGUUAUCAUUGUUGGAGAUAUGUUUUAUUCACAAGAUAUAGCUGAUGUACUGUGGAAAUGGUUGGAUAUGUUGUGUAACCAAGGGAAAACUAUUCUGAUCGGUGAUCCGGGUAGACAUUGUUUUAAGCCUAAACGUCAUUUACAGGAGCGAUUAAAAAAACUUGAAGAAUACAAAUUAACAGAGAAUUGUUGUUUGGAAAAUCGAGGAUUUUCAACUGCAUCUGUUUGGAUUUUAGAAUAAAAUUAUUAGGUAUAUUAAAAAAAAAAAAACUAAGCUAUUUUAUACAGUUAAUUUAUUGAUCAAAAUUUGUCCAAAUAUAUUAAAAUUAUACAAUGCAAU